AUGUCCUGCUCCAGCCUGUGUUCUCCCUGUGGGGUGGCUGCCCCGGCCCCGCUGGCUGACACCUGCAACGAGCCCUGCGUGCGGCAGUGCCCUGACUCCACGGUGCUGAUCCAGCCCCCCCCUGCCGUGGUCACCUUCCCCGGACCCAUCCUCAGCUCCUUCCCCCAGUCCAGCGUCGUUGGCUCUGCAGGAGCCCCUGGGGUUGGGGGUGGCUAUGGUGGCACUUUUGGUAGCUAUGGAGGCUAUGGAGGCUGGGGUGGCUAUGGAGGCCUUGGGGGCUGGGGUGGCUAUGGAGGCUAUGGCUAUGGGGGCUGGGGUGGCUAUGGAGGCCUUGGGGGCUGUGGUGGCUAUGGAGGCCUUGGGGGCUGGGGUGGCUAUGGAGGCUAUGGCUAUGGGGGCUGGCGCCGUGGCCACCGGUACCUGAAUGGCAACUGUGGGCCCUGCUGA